CAGGAUCAAUUACAUCCUUCGGUACACACAAUCUGAGCGUGAAUGUUCAGGUUAGUGAUCCAAAUCUGGAAGUCGGAAUUAAUGGAAAAUCUGGUAAGGUUAAUAAAACCCCUUCUUAUUCGGAGGUAGUGGAGGGGUCAGAGAGGAUAGAAGUGAAUCUGUCGUAUAUCCCAGCAGAAGAAAUAAAUGGGCUGAAUGUAGCUAGAUUUUACAAAGGAGGAUGUAUUAGAGGAUUUGGGAUGCUGGGAUCGAGCACUGAUUGUUUGUAUAUUAGGGGCGAAUCCUCUAGUAGAAGUUAUUGAUGGAUUUGUCCACCGCAUCUGGAAAAGCUAUACAAUAGAAGAGGUUACUUUUAUGAAGGAAGGGCAGUAUGUAGUGAACUUCGGGAAGAUGGAGGAUAGAGAUGAAAUAUCAAAGAGGAGAUAUUAUUAUUUUGACAAUAAACCGAUGUAUGUGAGAGCCUGGAGUCCUGGAAGUCAAGUUGAUAUAUCAGAACUUAAGGAUAUACCAAUUUGGAUUCAGUUUCCAAGUCUAAACAUGAAGGAAGUAUUGGAGCCUAACAGGUCUGAGUAAACUGGGAAGCAUGAAUGGGAAACCCAUUAAAAGAGAUAAAGCAACAGCUACCAUGGCUAAGUGGGGAUUUGCAAGGAUUCAAGUGGAGGUACAGGUUCAGCAAGAUUUCCCUGAAAUUAUCCAUUUCACUGAUGAAGAAGGGAGAGUCGCAUCUCAAACAGUGGAGUAUGAAUGGAAGCCCACCAUAUGCUCAAAGUGUAAGAGAAUGGGCCAUAACGCUGAAAUCUGUAGGAAGAAAAAGGAAAACAAGGGUUAUAUAAAAAAAGAAUGAUCAGGGUAGUAAGAGAAUGCUUUGGGAAAGUCUGAGAAAAUAUGCUCAAAACAUGACAGAUCCAUGGUGCUGUGUAGGGGACUUUAAUGCAGUACUUGAUACUAUUGACAGGAAAGGGGGCAAUCCCAUCACUGAAGAUGAGAUACAUGAUUUCAAAGAAUGUGUUGAGGACUGUGGACUGGAAGAGAUCCCAUUUGUAGGGUCCUAUUAUACUUAGUCUAACAAACAAGGACCAAGUAACAGAAUAUGAUCAAAAUUAGAUAGAGCUUUAUCUAAUGAUUUAUGGAUGGUUAAAUAUAGUACCAAAACUAGAAUACUGAAUGAGGGGGUAUCGGACCACACUCCUCUGCUAGUUGAUAGUAUUGGUAGUAACAAGGGAACUAAGAUUUUCAGAUUUUGUAACAUGUGGUUGAAGGAUAAAGAGUUAUCCCAGAU